CAAAGACUAGUCAAUUUGAAAAUCGGCCAGGCAGUUUAGAUGUAUACUAGGGAAUGUACAUUUUCGUUGGUGGUCUAGCUAAUAUUAAAUUAAAUGUCACUUUGUUAGGGCCGAGUUAUUGAAUCAGUAAUAAGAAAUAUUUUUUGUGGAUUUUGUGAAACAGAUUGUUCGAUGCGACUAUGGAAACCAAUCUACUCAAUGAUGACAAUCCGAUAGCGAAUGGACACCAUGGUUCUAAAGCAUCCCUGGGAGCCAACGAGAAAGACAUAUCCCAAUUAGAAGUGGCGGGAAAAAAACUGGAGGAUGACGAGGACGACAACGAGUCCGAUUCCGACCAGGACACCUUCAUGUUCGGCAUGUCCAAGUUGAGGACUUUUUUCUUCUUCCUAUCUCUGGCUCUUUUGGUGGCAUUUGUGCUAGUUUUUGUGUUCGUAUUGCCCUGUUCCGAAGGAGCCCAGAUGGAUGAGAGGACCAACACACUAACCCAGUCAGCUUCUGGUGGAUCAGUAUCGCAACUAGGAGACAUGGACGGAGACGCCAAAGAUGACGUCGCUUUCUUCACUCCGUACGACCAAAACAAACCAGCAGACACUUCGAGCAACAGGAAACGACGCCAAGUCGAGGGGGAGGAUUCGUCCAAGUGUGUUGUCGAUGAGUCAUACGUGGAAUGUGUGGGGGAGAUUUCAGUGGUGACGUCACAGACUGGCUCGCCUAUUGGAGUGAGGCCAGUGGGAUUGGAACCCCAUGGAUCCAUAAAGUGUGUGAGUGGCGGAGAACGCAAGAAAAUGUGGUGUGCAUUUGAAAGUGCAGACAAGAAGCACUACAUGCUUGACAUGAAGACCACCUCCAGCAAGUCCAAGUCUAACAUGACAAGCGUUGUGGCCGAAGGAUGUGAAGAAUUCGACUUAAUUCCUCUCUCAGCUGAAGAGUCCAGUGCCACUUACGGAUUCCUACAGACGUGUCCGACUUCGACAGAAGGUCACUUCAUUGCGGCUCCCACUCUGACGAAACAGAAGGUGCAGCUGGCCGAAAUCUCAGGCCACACUGUAUUGGACCAGCACACUAUUCUACACCAGACACGUGUGGUCACCCUAUCGGCCAACGGCACUUCGGCAUUCGCUAUCACCUCUCAUCUGCCCACGGUUAAUGAGGAGGGAAAAGUUGAGAUGAAGUUGGGUAAAAAGUUCAACUACGAAGUGAACCCAGAAGGAGAGUGGACUCUGUCUCCGUCUGCGGUGGGCUUUGUGAUGUUCUCCACCCACCAGGUACUCGUGCCCAGAGGAAGAGAUCAAAAGGAACUGUGGAAGAUGGACAUCCCACAACACACUGUGAAAUCGGUAGCUAAGGAUCGUGAGUCUAAGUAUUCCCUGGUGGAACUGUGUGACGACAACCAGCCUCCUUCCACCUGUCACUAUGCUCUGUACAAUCUGGACCAGGAGGAGAGUGACAAGACAGCUCAUGCGGAGACUGGAGACAUUAUCCAGUUCCAUCUGGACAGUCAGAUGCCAGUGGAGUACGUGGUGGGAUCCCGGUUCAACUACUUCGUCGCCUGGCACUUCGAGGGCCUGAAAGAAGAAUCACAUGAAGAGACCGUCGAGAAGAAGCCAGAAGCAUCUGCAGGCGAAGUUGAGGAGUCCAAGGAAGCGGACGCAUCAGCGAAUGACGUCACUGAGAAGAAGCGAAGACAUACCGAAGGUGAAGAGAAUCAUUGCGAAGGACAGCAAGUAGUGGCCAGUAUGCUAGGAUUCACACAUUCCUCAAUGAACAGACCAGCUUUACUGUAUAAGACAGUGUUAUGUGACUCCAAUCAACUCAGAUUCGUGGGUCUCUCGGGACAGCUGGGAACGGAACCGGCUUACACGUUGGCAGUUGAAGGUACCGAGAGCACUUCCGUGUAUGGAAUUGCGUUGCCGCCUCUCUCCAUGGUUAACAAGCAAGGCGCAACUUUGAAUGGAUGGAUGUGAUUAAAAAACUGAGUGAAUGAUGUGCCUCAGGAUUAGUGACCGACAUACGAAAAACAACCACUGCCCGACAUGGUUGACUUAACAGAAUAUAAAAUUAUGGAUUCAUAAACAGUUAACUUUAGGUUAUAUCUAUUUGUAGUUGGGCUAAAUAAUACACAGCACAUUGCUACAAAUCAAGUUUUUAUUGGUAAAU